AUGGAGUGGUGUCUUGCUCAAUCUCAUUAUCUAGAACUCCCUCCUCCAUUGAGACCGCAGUUUCUGGUCGAAAUAGAGAAGAAGCUGCAUACAGACUUGAAAAAAUACAAUGCCACAGACGACCCAGCUGAUCCUGUUCGUCUACAGGUGUAUCGAGAAGCCUUCGAAAUAUUCAUCUCUGGCUGUACCCACUAUGCGCCUUUUCUAUCUCAAGUUAAGUCACAAUACGACCAGUACAUUCUUCACCAGAGCAAACAGAUCAAAAGGAUUUACCCAAUGGAGGAAAAUGUACAUUCACUUUCGAUUGAAUAUGAACGCCGUUUAGGGGAGGCAAAGGAGGCUGAAAAUGCAGACGUCAAGGCCCUCCAAGACCAGUGCCAGCUUAAACAAAAGAAAAUUGAAAAACUUGAACAAGACCGUGUGCAAUUAAAGGCGCUGAUCGAUGGUUUGACGAAUGAACUUUCACGAGAUGCCCAUUUGCUCAGAGCAGAAACAGACGGACGGAAAUUAGCUCAACUUAAGGUUAAUGAGCUGUCAAAUAUACUAAGUGACAUGGAGAACAUUCUGCGGAAUCAGCAAGCUGAAAUCGGUGAGGAUCCAGUCAAACUGAGGGUGGCCUACGAGAUGGCGAAGGAGACGAUUACGAAACAAACCAGGAAGCUGGUUGAAUAUGAGUCCAACUUCAACUCAACCGUUUCUUUGGAAGAGCAUGAAAAGGUCGCCAAGGAACUGGAGCAGGAACGGGCACUAACCGCGAAAUUACGAGAUGAAAUCGAGGGAUAUGCAAACAGAUACGAAUUACUGCAGGAUCACUGCGCAGCUCUGGACACUUACAAGGAUCUCUAUAUGCUCCAGUGUGGCUACGCACUUCGCGUUUUGGGGGCCAAAAACGCUCCACUGCAUGAGUUCCGUAAACCAACCAAUGAGCUACAAGCAGCAAAGUCCCUUCAAUGCUUCUACGGUAGUGACGUGUUACAGUUGCAGGCAUCCCAAUUUGGAAGGGGAGAACAGGAUGAGAAGCUGGAAUACAUUGGGAUCCUGCUCUCGCGUUGGAGGAAGCUAAUUAACGAUAAGCCAAUAGGAGAGCUGACUCGUAUGGCAGCCGAGGAGAUGGCUCGAUUUGAGCAGGGCGGCCUGCCCAUCCUCCAGCGUAACCAAAGAAAAGAAAGUAAGCGCGUUGCCCAGAAACCGAGAAGAACAGGGACCUCCGACGGUUAG